CUCCCCCGGGCUCCCAGCAACCAGACGCGGCGCAGCGGGCUCUGCGGGCGGCGGCGCGGCACGGCACGGCACGGCACGGCCCGGCGCGGGAUCGCGGAGCACUGCCCCGCCGGUAAGAGCCGCCCCCGCCCGUUUUGUGAACUAGUUACAGGCCGUGGCGCCGGUUUAGCGACCGGUUGGAUUGAAACGGAAACGUUAAGACACGCUUUGAAAGCACAUACCGUGUACGAUAAAGUGCCUGGUUCUGAAAACCUAACUAGAGUUGAAAAGUAUGAACGCGGCCUAGCUCCCUUCUACAGCUGCUGGUUUUUUGUGACAAGUUGUCGUGGCCUGGGUCAGCCCUUGAAAAUUUUGGCAAGCCCUCUACAGCGGAAGAAAGGAGCAGCCUCCUGACGCUGAGCUCUCACCAUGUCGCAGGAGGAAUUUGAGAAAGCUGCUGCUAUGGUCAGGGAAAUGAAGGUGCCGAUCUCAAACCAAGAAAAACUGGUGAUUUACAGUCUCUACAAACAAGCCACCGUUGGGGACAUCAACAUCCCCUGCCCUGCUGCAACUGAUGUAAUGGGCAAAGCCAAAUGGGAGGCCUGGAAUGGACACAAAGGGAUGAGCAAGGCUGAUGCCAUGAAGAAUUACAUAGCAAAAGCAGAAGAGCUGAAAAAAAAAAAAAGCAUGUAGCUAAAAAUUAAGUGUUCAUAGAUAUCAGGUAGCCACAUGGCAUUAGCAGGCUUUUGACCCAACAUCCCUGUUAGGGAGUUUCCUCUCACCACUUAGAUCAAUGUAGAGUAGCUACCAAGCCAAUACAAUUGUAAUCAGCAACCAUGGAGUGUAUAUGACUGAAAAAGUUGUGCAUGGCCUUUGAAAGUCUAUACAAGUGUGGAAGUUCAUUUUAGGAUAAGGAUAGUUCAGUCAUUGUUUAUGAUUUCUGGUAAAGUCUUACCAAUACUUAAGAGGCUUACUUCACAAGCCAGUCUAUUUGCUUACAGGAACACCCUCCCUUUGAAAAACACAUUACUGUCUAUCAAUGUUGCACUUACCAGAGUUACAAGUGCUGCUCAAGCUUACUGUACAUAAAGGAACGUGGUGGGCUGUUUGACUUUGUGCAUUGGACAGCACUUUGUACAAUUUCUCCCUUACUAAAAUGGGCCUGUGGAAACCAGACAAACAAACAAGAAACCACAUUGCCAAUAUGUAAUCCUGGGGUGUGGAGAAGACACACCACAGGCAGCCUUUACAAGGUCAAAUGGUGUGCAGUCAUUAAUCCAGAACAGGCCAGGGUUAAUCUAGACACACUCUCUCCCUCUCCCCUUUAAUUUCCUUUUAACCUUUUUAUGCCUCAGAUUCCAUGCUGAUGCUCAGUUCCUAAUGAAGCAUAUCUGUUUAGCAAGCUAAAGCGAUACAACUCCAUGGCAAACCUUUGAUUUAGAAACCAUUCCGUCUCUCUCUCUCUCACUGGUGCCAGGUUGUUACUAGAUAUAUGCAAAUAAAAAAACUGUAUGAUGGGGACUCAUUGAGAAGUCAGCAGCUCUCACUCCCCCCUAUAAAUUAAUUGCUAUGGCAAAGACUGUGAUGACAUUAGAAUGAUGAUGCCAAGGACCAAGAAGCAGAUGAAUUCCUCACCAUCCAAGCUGCCAUUUGCAGGUACUUGCCCCUCCAAACAAAACACAGGAUUACUUCCAAGUGUGUUAUUUACAAAACCUUACAUGUGCCCUUCACACAUGCAGCACCACAGCUGCUGCUGUAUUUGGUAGAAUUCACUUUUCACUUUACUUUACAGCAGCAGAGAACUUGGAUUGGGGUGUAGACAGUGGUUGGCCACUCUGCUCUUCUGAUUCAAUGGAACUUUUUCAAUGAGCUUAAACUUACCUACUACAGAAGACAGAGCAGUCUUAUAGACUGGCCCAGGCUGGGGAAUGAACUCUUCCACCAACUAAGGAACCACACCAAACCUCACCAUCUUUUGCCCCAAGUGCAAGGUGUAUUUCUUUGACCUUGCCCUCUGUAAUAAAUCUAUAGCAAAGUCGCAUGUAUUUAAUAUAUAAUUGAAAAAACAAACACCCAAACCCCACUUCACUGCAUGCACUUCUGCCCCUGCUGAGAUGAGGAAAGAACAGACACAAACAUCAGUGACUUUGUGCAUGACUGGAAUGUGUUUAGGCCCAAAUCCACAAAAGGUAUUUAGGCACCUAAUUCCCAUGGAUUUCAAGGGGAGCUGGGCACUUAAAGACCUUUCAGGAUCAGGCCUCCAACUACAUUAAGGAGCAGGCUCUAUGACAAUAUAUAGAAGAAACUUUGUCAUUGGCACGGAUGAUCACACCUGUUAAACUUUACCAGUCAUGAAAAGCUGUAUUUUAAAAUUUAACUGCAGUCAGUGGCAGCCACAUUUCAUUGUCAUCAAAGUCCAAGUUCACAAACAGCAGCCACCUGUUUUGAGUUUAAUAAUAAUAAUAAUAAAAAGAAAAGGAGUACUUGUGGCACCUUAGAGACUAACACAUUUAUUAGAGCAUAAGCUUUCGUGAGCUACAGCUCACUUCAGCGGAUGAAAGCUUAUGCUCAAAUAAAUGUGUUAGUCUCUAAGGUGCCACAAGUACUCCUUUUCUUUUUGCGAAUACAGACUAACACGGCUGCUACUCUGAAACCAAUAAUAAUAAAGUCUCCUUUUCACUUUCCUGGCUGUCCUGCCAGCUGUGUCUUUUAAAAGGUAAAUGAUACAAAGAUAAACCCAGAGCUCAGCCUGAGAUUGUUACAGCAUCCAACACAUUAUUAAAAUGAACCCACUUCUUCAUUGUGUGUUUGUACAGCACUUAGGAGCCUAGGGCCCUUGUUCAUGGGCACCAGACACCAUCACACCUAUAUAUAAUUUCAUACUGGGCUGUGUCAACUGACAGGUUGAGAUCCAACCAUUUGAGAAUAAAAGUGAGCAUGCUGCUCCUGACACCGGGAGUACAUUCAGAUCCUAUUUCAAUACAAAAAUUAGAGUCAGAUCAUUACAGUGUCAUGCACAGAGUCUGAAGCUUUGUGUGUGGUUAAUGCAACUUCACAUCAGGUUAUGUUUUAGUUGUAUGGUAUUUGAGGCACUUCGAUCCAGGCAGAGCUUUCCAGGCAUCUGGCAGCACUGCCUGGCUGAGAUGGUCAGGGGAUUUCCUCCCCCCCCCUUCAUUGAUUGAUUCAGGCACUCCCCAGCAUUGUGAUAUCAUCACAUGUAGGACCCAGGCUGUGACUCACCCUAGAGGCACCACAGAAGAGGGGCUCAGCAAGAGAAGGAGGGGGCUGAGACACCCAGAGCAUUCACUUUGCAGAGACAGUUACAGCAACCUGCUAUUUGAGAGUUCACAGAACUGUCCAUUUCAAUUUAAGAAUAGGCCAGCCAUUGCUGAGGAGGUCUAUUAAACUGUUACCAAUAAUUCAGACUUAAUUGAUAAACUACGAAAGCAUAUUGGCUUAAACAACACCCUCCAUUUGAAAGUGACAUUACUAUCUGGAAACGUUGCACUUACCCGAGUUAGAAGUGAAAGUUAAGCUUACUGUACAAUAAGGAACUUGAUGGAAAAUAUUGCUAUUGUUUUGAUUGUAUUUGAUAGCUUUCCAUAGUCAGCUUCACCCUUACUGAAAAGGGUCUUUGCACUAUCCCUUUAAAAGUGAGCAUAUAUAAUAGUAGGUUAAGACAAUAUCCAGCACAUGCUCAGAACUAAACAGUUUCAAACUGGGCUUUGAGAAUGUCUCAGUGAACAACAAGUGAGAUCCAACCCUCCAGAGAGAAGUUUGAGCAUAUUUCCAACACCUACUGUAUGUUCACAGUCCAUUUCAAUAUGAGCAUUAGACAAAUCUGUAGUAUUAUGCAGAGUGUGAGGUCCAAGGGGUUUGGUGCAUUUUCACAUCACAAUAUAAAUACAGAUGUUUUAACUGAUAUUCCAAGCAGUCCUUUCUCCUGUGUUGAUCAUAGACCUAGACAGGAUGAUGCAAGUGACUUUUAGGGUUCCGACAGUACUGCACACUGCAAGAGAAAAGGUUAGUAAGUUUUGUCUUACAGUAGAGGACUGAUAAUUAGAGCCUCGGAUUAACUCUUUUGAUAUGUUCAUUCAUGAAAGCAGGUUGAAAUUAUAAACCACAGCAAAAGAAAUUUAAUACACUCCUCUCUACAGCUUCCCUCUUCCAGGCCUGUUACUCACGUAUAUAGUAGAUUGUGUUAAACAGUAACUAUUACCUGCAAAUGAAACGGCACUCUGCACCUGGCAGUUGAGGCAAGCAGAAACAUUUACUUCUUCAAUGAACAGCAUUUUUGUUCAAGUGUUUCCUUGUUGUCCAGUAUAAUUUGCACAGAGAUAAGCUCCCAUGUAUUCCAAUAUAGUCGUUAGCCUUAGCUCUGGAUACAUUAAAGUCAGAGUGUGCAUACAGUGUAAUUUAAACCACACCUAAAAUCAAAGCUCCCUCCCCAUACUGAAUACCUAGUCUCACGCGUAGUAUCAUAUACAAAGAAAAAGGGCACUAUUAGAAUAAAUUCUUAAGAUAUCAGGGGUCAAAGUGAAAGACCGGUAACAAACUUAAUGCUACCACUAUUAAAAACUGAGAGGGAAAGGAUAGUAAAGAGCCCACUAUUACUCCAACAUUGAGCUACUUUUUCUUUUCAAGUCUCUCAUUAAAGUUUCUUGUUUUGUUUUAGUUUUACAAUUGCUACCUAGUUGAACUGAAAAAAGUUUAGCCCAAUCUUUCAGAAACAAAAAAAAUACAGAGAAGCUGAAUGUUAAGUGGCCCCUUUCUGCUUAAAUCAAAGACUAAUUUCAUAUAUCUUGGUGUUUAUUAUGUUAAGAAAUUAGAUGAAAGUAAGUGGGUGACAUUUGCUUGCUGGCUGAUUUUUGCUCACUUGUUUUUGUAACACAAGAGACUAAUUGAACUUUUCCCAGAGAAUUAUUAAAAACCAGUAAACAUAUGCAACAAGUAUAUUGUAGAUAUUUAUUCAGAACAUGCUGAUUCUACAGUUUCAUCAGCAACAGCAAGCAUUCAAGUCAGUUCAACCCAGAAGAUGACAAGUUGUUAAAUUAACACACUUAACAACAAAGCUAAUUUCAAGACAGCUGUCCAUUUGUCACUUUACUCUUCCCCUCUCCCAAAUAAUAAAUAAAGUCUGACUGGCUCUAGUUUGCUACAUAACCCCCAUUUGGAAUGUCAAGUGUUUGGUGCACUGCAGUUAGCAGUUGGUGCACUGCAGUUAGCAGUUAGUGUUUGGUGCACUGCAGUUAACGUACAUGGAAGCCAAAGGACAGACCUAAUCCAAUAAGGCCUAUCAGGGAAUCCUCAGCUUUCCACAUUCUCCAAAAUAACCUCAUUUCCUCUGGCCUGAAAGGAUGGUUUGAGACAGAGCCAGGAUUUUAUGCUGAGUGGGGAAAUGGAAGAACAGUUACACUGGCAGUACAGAGACAACACAUAGCUUUUGAAGAGGUAACGAGCAUAUUUCUCAGCUGUACCAAUGAAGUCACACUUUUUAAACUCUGUAUUGGUUCUUCCCAAAUCAGUUCCUGCAUCAUUCUUUAGAAAUUCUGACCCAGGAAACAUACUGGUUAAUGUGUCUAAGUAAAAAAAAAAAAAAAAAAAAAAAGGCUAAUUCCACCCAUUGAUUUUGCCCAGUAUUUUAAAGGUCUAUGUCGCACCUUUGUGUCUUGAUGGUUUGAAAGCUAAGAAGCUUGGACUAUGUAUUUUACCUUCUGUUGAUUCAGGCAUUUAUACUAUGCUCAUCACGGUGCUCUCAUUAGUACUGCAGUGAUUUAUUUGUUUAAUGUUUAUUUGGAAAAAAGGAUAAGCUAUGCUCAAACAUUUUAAUCAUAUGCCAGCUAAUAGCAACUGAGCUAUCUAUCUACAUUUGGCUUCAGGGAGGUUUUUCUCAGAAUCAAAACCUAGAUGUCAGCCUUAGGGUUUAGAUAGGGAAACUGACCUGCAUAGCUACAGCUGGACAGCUAUUCCACUAUGAGCUAGAUAUUUAUUAUUAUAACUGUGCUAAUCCAUUUUCCCAUGUAGACAAGCUCUCAGUUUCAGCUUUAACCUAUGUCAUAAAAACACAAUACAUGCACUGUUCACAACAAACAGUAGCUAACCCAAGGCUUUUUCUUUUCCAUGUGCAGCAGACUGAGCAUUGCUAAAGCCACUGACCUACAAAAUGCUCUGUAACAUACACACACAACAAGUCUAUUUGUUAUACCACCAUUAAUGUUGUCCCUUUCACUUCAUGGCAAUAAGCUCUGGAGUUGUCCAAUACAUUUUCCAUGAAUGGAACCAACCAUCAAUAUAACAUUUGCUUUAUUCUUUAACCUAUACUUUGCUUUGAAAGCAAGUAUUUCAACACUUCCAAAGAGCUUUUUCCCACCCAGCUCUGAAGCAUGAAUUUUUAUUCAGUCAGGUUUAGCAGCAUGAAUUAUUUGGAAGAGAACUGCCAAUUAGAAUAAAAUACCAUAGUUUAAUCUAAUUAGUUAGUCUUCUGAUGCUCCCCCUUGCCAGUUUUGUUCUCUUCUGUUUUAGUGCAUGUAGUAAAUUAAUUCUGGUCUUAUUCAGCAGGGUGAAUUUGAAAUGGAGUUAUUCUUCACUCCUAAAUCCCUGCAGAAAGAUAGCUCAGUACACAUACUGCGAUAGAUGUAUGCUACCUAAAAUACC